UAGAUACUCUUUUACCAAAUCAAAAUAGUCUAUUUUGUGUGUCUAUGUUUAAAUGUAAUUUAAUAGGUCAACUAGUGGGAGUAUGCGACACGGCACUCUGGUCAAGCUCAUCUUGUUGAUCUAUAUCAAGUAUUCAUCAGGUGUCAGUACAACUGUUGGUCUUGAAUUUAUUUUCCCAACACCUGUGAUGUCUGGAUGGAAGCCCACAGUCCAUGUGUUAUUGGUCACUAUGGUCAGAAGUGUACAAAUUGAAUGGAAAUAUCCGGACAAAGAAACGCAGUUUCGUUCUUUUCAACUAGAAAGACAAAAGAAAGUUAUUGUGGACAUUUUGUCUGAGAACGUAGUCAAAUUGACAAGACCAGACCAAAUCUUCACUGUAAUGUCUCAUCGCAUCUCUGGGAACAACAGAUUCUCUGUUACAUUGAUCUUACAAAAUAGCAUGUCCUCAUUAGCAGCCGUCAAACUUUUGCCAUUACCAGGCUGGGGAAAGCGUUACUAUGUUGUCACUCUUAAGUCCAUGCCAUUCAUAUUAGUGAGUGCAGGCACACAUAAGACACAAGUCAUUGUCACCCUGAUAGACAACACGAACUUCAAGAAAUAUUUGCCGCUGAAUUCCAGUAACAAAAUAAGACGUCAACUUAAAGAAGCUGAGACCCUAGUGAUAACAAACUGUGAUCAAGACGGAUCAGUCGACCUAACAGGUAGUGAGGUCAAGUCAGACAACGCUGUUGGAGUCAUAUCUGGAAGUUGUAAUGUAACGACAAAUGUUGGAGCCUCAUAUGACCAGGACAUGGCGGCUGAGAUGUAUCUACCAAUCGUAUCGUUCGGCAAACUAUUUGUGAUUAUCAAUACACCACGACAGCUGCUGAGGUCAUACAUUGUGAUCAUUGCGUCAGAUCAGAAAACAGACAUCACCUACUUCAGUGACAGCACUGCACAAUGGACAAAAAGUCUUCACAAAGCUGGCGUCCUAGAACAAAUCCCUAUAGCCAGUGACAUGGCCAGCUACUUGACAGCAACCAAAGGAGUUCUAAUAGUCUUGGUCUUAAAGUCUGACAUAAGUCAAUCAAAUUAUGGCGACAGUACAAUGUGUCUAUUAGUACCUACAAAUUUAUUCUACGACUCCUAUACAUGGGUGAAUCCAUUACUAACUGAUGUCCAUUUCACGUUUUAUGCCAUCAUUGUGUCCGAGGAGUCUAUGCGCUAUCUAAUAGCCGUUGACGAAUCACUUGUACAAUGUUCCUGGCAAAAAGUGACGGGCUUAUCAAGCUACAGCGUGUGCCACUUUUCUCUGAGGCACGAGCCGUCUGAACACAACAUCAUGACACAGCACGCCAAACAAUUUGGUUGCUACAUCUACGCAGAGGCUGACGUCACUUCAUUUAUGUACCCGGCAGGCUUUGUUUCCGGAUUAAUUAAUGAGAAUAGAUGUGCUCAUUCAUCAAUGACCGAAAGUGAUCUACUGGACAAUGAUUGUGAUCAUUGGAUUGAUGAAGAGAGCUUAAAUGAAAAAGAUGAUGAUAAUGACGGUUUAACAGAUGAAGACGUUGGCAAUCGGCCUAGAAGAAAUGGUGACUGGGGCGCAUGGCUAACUUGGACAUGUGACGCGACCUGUGGGAAUGGAUCGUCAAUAGUUAGACAUAGAUUGUGUGACAACCCCUACCCAAGAAAUGAUGGACUGGACUGUAUAGGGGAAGAGUCAGAGGACAUUAAACAAGCCUGUAAUACCAGUCUCAUUUGUCCAGACAAGUGUCCAGUUGGAACCUUUGGCUUCAAUUGUAGCCAGCGAUGUACCAAUUGUGUGCCUGACUGUAACAAGCUCAAUGGUUCCUGUGACUUGUGUACUGAUGGAUAUACUGAUUCUUUGAACCAUUGCAAUAAAUCCUGCCCAGAGUGGACCUAUGGUCCUGGAUGUUUCGGUGAUUGUCAAAUCAAAUGUCUCGUUGACUGCCAAGAACGAAUUUAUGGCACCUGUGAAGAUAUUUUAACUUUCAAAGAAAUCCUUGUUUUUGUAACACUUUGUCCUAUAAUACUAGCUGUACUGGUUGUUUGUGUGUUAAAAUUAAAAUAUUACUUUGACCAGCCGCAUGGUGUGGUGGACACUGGCUCACACUCAACAAUUACAACUGUAGAUACUAACAAAUCAAUGACCACUGCUGCGACUGAAACGGAAGCCACCACCCUCUGGACCAACACAACAGAACAAGCCAGUAGAUGACAUUUACUGUCAAAAAAUGGCUUUUAUUUUAUCUAUUACAAAAAUUUUAUAACAUACGACUUAAAAAGAAAACAAUGAUCUGGUUAUAAUAAAUGAAUAUAUUUCAUAAUUUCUCCAACAAAUUCUAUAUGUUAUAUAAAUGAGUUA